GCUGCGGCCCCAGAGGGCGGGCGCGACUCGGGGACAGCCCGUGAAAUCCCCGCCCCGGUCUCCGAGCCCUGCCUCCGCGGGUCGCCAGCGCGCAGGCUGUCCUCCCCGCUGCCCGCGGCGGGCGCGGACUGCAAGCACUGGCCGGGCUCCGCGUAGGCGGGCGGGGCAGGCGGGACGCGCGGCGCCGGGGCCUCUGGGAGGAAGCGAGAGACGCCGGCAGCCGCGGGGGAAGGCCCAACCGGCUCCGCCGCCCCUCGCCCCCUACCGGGCCGCUGCUCGGAGCGCGCGUGCAGCGGGGAGUUCGCCCCCGGACCCGGAGGACCGAACGGAUGAACGAAUCCCCUUCCUGAUCCACUGGAGUUGGCCCCUUAAAGGGAAGCUGCCCCUUGGGCUCCCUAGGGCCUUUGUACAUCACCGUGGAAGCUCAACAGGCAGUAGUCCUACGUCCAGAAGCCGUGGAAAGUUGUUCCAGGGCAUCUCUGCAUCGGAAGCCAUUGAGUGCCACCGCCGGAAUCUGGCUGAGUGGUUCAGCCGGCUGCCCAGAGAAGAGCGCCAGUUUGGCCCAACCUUUGCACUGGAUACGGUCCACGUAGACCCUGUGAUCCGCGAGAGCACCCCAGAUGAGCUGCUCCGCCCGCCGGCGCAGCUGGCGCUGGAGCACCAACACCCCACCGCUGGGCUCCCCCCACUGUCCCUGUCCCAGCUCUUUGACCCCGAUGCCUGUGGGCGCCGGGUGCAGACAGUGGUGCUGUACGGGACAGUGGGCACGGGGAAGAGCACGCUGGUGCGCAAGAUGGUCCUGGACUGGUGUUACGGGCGCUUGCCGGCUUUCGAGCUGCUUGUCCCCUUCUCCUGCGAGGACCUGUCCUCCCUGGGCUCUGCCCCAGCGUCCUUGUGCCAACUUGUGGCUCAGCGCUACACGUCCCUGAAGGAGAUCCUGCCUCUGAUGGCUGCUGCUGGGUCCCGCCUGCUUUUUGUCCUGCACGGCCUGGAGCGGCUCAACCUCGACUUCCGGUUGGCGGGGACAGGGCUUUGCAGUGACCCCGAGAAGCCAGAGGCGCCAGCUGCCAUCAUUGUCAACCUGCUGCGCAAAUACAUGCUGCCCGAGGCCAGCAUUCUGGUGACUACCCGGCCCUCUGCCGUGGGCCGAAUCCCCAGCAAAUACGUGGGCCGCUAUGGCGAGAUCUGUGGCUUCUCGGACACCAACCUGCAGAAGCUCUACUUCCAGCUCCGCCUCAACCAGCCGGACUGUGGGACAGGCGCCGGGGGCACAGGGAUCUCGGCCACGCUGGCUCAGCGGGACAGUCUGGUGGAGAUGCUGUCCCGCAACCUGGAGGGGCACCACCAGAUCGCCGCCGCCUGCUUUCUACCCUCCUACUGCUGGCUGGUGUGUGCUACCUUGCACUUCCUGCAUGCCCCCACGCCGCCUGGGCAGACCCUAACCAGCAUUUACACCAGCUUCCUGCGUCUCAACUUCAGUGGGGAGACGCUGGACAGCACUGACCCCUCCAACCUGUCCCUCAUGGCCUACGCCGCCCGGACCAUGGGCAAGUUGGCUUACGAGGGGGUGUCCUCCCGCAAGACCUACUUCUCCGAAGACGACGUCCGUGGCUGCCUGGAAGCCGGCCUCAAGACGGAGGAAGAGUUCCAGCUGCUGCAUGUCUUCCGCCGGGAUGCCCUGCGGUUUUUCCUGGCUCCAUGCGUGGAGCCAGGGCACCGGGGCACCUUUGUGUUCACCGUGCCCGCCAUGCAGGAGUACCUGGCCGCCCUCUACAUCGUGCUGGGCUUGCGGAAGACGACCUUUCAGCGGGUGGGCAAGGAGGUGGCCGAGCUCGUGGGCCGUGUCGGGGAGGACGUCAGUCUGGUCCUGGGCAUCGUGGCCAAGCUUCUGCCCCUGCGAGCCCUGCCUCUGCUCUUCAACCUGCUCAAGGUAGUGCCGCGAGUGUUUGGGCGUGUGGUUGGUAAGAGCCGUGAGGCCGUGGCCCAGGCCAUGGUGCUGGAGAUGUUCCGAGAGGAGGACUACUACAACGACGACGUCCUAGACCAGAUGGGUGCCAGUAUCCUGGGCGUGGAGGGCCCGCGGCGGCACCCAGAUGAGCCUCCCGAGGAUGAGGUCUUCGAGCUCUUCCCCAUGUUCAUGGGGGGGCUCCUCUCCGCACAAAACCGGGCCGUGCUGGCUCAGCUCGGCUGUCCCAUCAAGACCCUGGAUGCCCUGGAGAAUGCCCAGGCCAUCAAGAAGAAGCUGGGUAAGCUGGGCCGGCAGGUGCUUCCCCCAUCCGAGCUCCUUGACCACCUCUUCUUCCACUACGAGUUCCAGAAUCAGCGCUUCUCCGCCGAGGUGCUCAGCUCCCUGCGUCAGCUCAACCUGGCGGGGGUGCGCAUGACACCCGUCAAGUGCAUGGUGGUGGCGGCCGUCCUAGGCAGCGGGAGGCAUGCGCUGGACGAGGUGAACUUGGCCUCCUGUCAGCUUGACCCCGCCGGGCUGCACACGCUCAUGCCUGUCUUCCUGCGUGCUCGGAAGCUGGGCUUGCAGCUCAACAGCCUGGGCCCCGAAGCCUGCAGUGUCCUCCGGGACCUGCUGCUGCAUGACCAGUGCCAAAUUACCACCCUGCGGCUGUCCAACAACCCGCUGACGGCGGCUGGUGUGGCCCAGCUGGUGGAGGGGCUGGUGGGGAACAGCUCGCUGACGCACCUGUCCCUGUUGCACACGGGCCUCGGGGACGAGGGCCUGCAGCUGCUGGCCGCCCAGCUGGACCGGAAUCGACAGCUACAGGAGCUGAACGUGGCCUACAACGGCGCUGGCGACACGGCGGCCCUGGCCCUGGCGCAAGCCGCCCGGGACCACCCUUCCUUGGAGCUGCUGCACCUCUACUUCAAUGAGCUGAGCUCAGAGGGCCGCCAGGCCCUGCGGGACUUGGGUGGCACUGCUAAAGGGGGUGCUCGGGUCGUGGUGUCGCUGACAGAGGGGACAGCAGUGUCCGAGUACUGGUCAGUGAUCCUAAGUGAAGUCCAGCGGAACCUCAACAGCUGGGAUCGGGGCCGCGUCCGCCGCCACCUUGACCUUCUACUUCGUGAUCUGGAAGACAGCCGAGGGGCCACCCUUAACCCCUGGCGCAAGGCCCAGCUGCUGCGAGUGGAGGGUGAGGUCAGGGUCCUCCUGGAGCAGCUGGGAGGCUCUGGAACCUGAAGCAGGGGCAGCAGUCACCUAGCGGUGUGACCCCUGGCCCCAAGAUCCUUCCCUCUGUGGCCUCCUGGUUUGCAUUACUACUUCCAGAAAGACUCUUUUGGGGCUGGAGGUAAAGGGAGGAGCACACCUGUGGCAGUUGCUGUCUUGGGGCAAGUCCAUCCGUGGCUUCCAGGUCUGGAGUUUCCAGGGUGAUGAAACAGGCCUCUCCAUUCAAGAGGAAGACUGAGAAAGACUUCAAGCCGACAGUUGCCCUGGCGCACUACCAACCUUGCCUCUCCACUCUCCGGAGCGUCUGACUGUGCCACCAGGGGGCGCACUUCUUAAAUCGCGUUUGCCAAAAGGUGCAGCCUUCCCGCUGUCGGAGGGCAGGUCCUUUCUGCCUUGCUGCUUGUCGAGGACGCCCAAGAUGCCCCCUGCCACUUUCCAAUCGUGUUGGUGCCUUCUCCCCUUCACACCUCCUUCCUCACCACCCUACCUGUGCUCAGGUGCUCCAAGGGCCCUGUGCAGUGCCUUGCUUCCAUUAAAAAGUUGUGUCUUCCA